AUGAACUCGGGUAAGUGGUGAAGAAUACGUUAGAAAAUUGAGUUUUUAAUUCGGAAUUUAUAUGAUGAGUUGAUAUCACGAAUAAAUCGCACUUAUUGAUUCAUACCAAAAGUAAGCUCAUAAUCUAGGCUUCUCAUGUGGGAAACGAUUGACCAAAGUGUUUAGGCCACAUAUCUGAAAAACACAUUUAAUUGGGCUAAUGUCAUUUUUUGAAAAUCCCACAUUCCAUUAAGAUGUUUUUUGUCACUUCUAGAUUUUUAGCAACGUAAUAAUGAACAAAAACUAGGUCACGUUCUAAUUUUUCCAAUUAUUUAUUUUUUGAUGCUAGGUUUUACGAAUUUUUCAAAACUUAUAUUUAUAUUCUAAAUUUGAAUUCUAUUAAAUUAAUUUACAGGAUUUUUGUAUGAGGCUGUAUUCAAUUUUGUCCUCGAAAAGAAGCAAUCAAAAACGUAUGACUUGAACGGACCUGGUAGAAAAUAUUGUUUGGAACCGAACACAUUGCAAUGGUUAUUUCUAGAAACCAAAAUCGAGUUGAGCAAAUUCGAUUUGACAAUUACGUCGAGUGAGUUGAAAAUGAUCCAUUCUUUCAAGUCUGCCAAAAUCCAUGCUAAAUGCUAACAAUAUUGCAUUUUGUCUCAACCAAAUUUGUUUUCAUAAAACAAUGAAACUUGAAAAUGUGUUCCUUUCAGAAAGAGCAAAUAAAGAAAUCGAAAUUGCGAGGAAAAAUUUCGCCGGUCAGAACUGCAUAGUGUUCAUAUUCAACACAUCGGAUGAAGACGACCUCGAUUGCUCUUUGACGAUGGGCAAUGCAAUCGUGGAAAAGUAUUAUUGCUGUGUUGGUGUAUGUUUUAUUACUUCAGAACAUAUUUUUCAUAAUGAGAAAAUAAGUAAACUAUUGUGACAAUUUAGAGAUCUAUUCCGAAAUUCGAAAGCAUAAUUUGGCUAUGUAUGUAGAUGAUUUUUGAAUAUUUACACUGUAUUUUUUUUUUGCAAUUCGAGGGAGACGCAGACUUUAACGUGUGCAGACAAAUCUCUCGCCGAAAAAGGGAGAGAAAUAGUGUGUGGCAGACACACAGCGUGUCGAGACCAGCGAGUGUCUGCGUCUCCUCGAAAUUGCAUUUUUCUAUUGGGGAAAAAAACACAGUGAUUUUUUCACUCUCAAUAAUUUUGAGAAGAAAAUAAAAAUUUAUAGAAAGUAGAAAUAUGUUUUAGGUCACUGUCUCAACUUCUUAUAGUAUAAUUUACGCGAUUGUGAGGUACUGUAAAAUUUCAUUAAAGAAAGUUAAUUUUUCAAUGAACACUAUUGUUCAGUUCAUUAUUGGAAAGGUUUUUUUUUGGUUAUUUUAGCUGAGAAAUAAUUUUUAAAGGAAAACAUUUUGGAGUCUGUUUGAAAAAUAAAAUGCGAAAUUUACACGCUGGCUAUUUGCCAACCAGUUUGAUGUGCAUGUGUCACGUCAUUUUUAGUCUACUGUACAUGACCGCAAAUUCAAACAGGGGUUCUUUUAUUUUCGGAUUGACAAUAAGUAGUCGAUUACGAAAAAAGUUCAUUACGAGUUGUUUGAUGCAUCGAGAGGUCAUAAGUUAAUUGUGGGCCUUAAGUUUUUUUUUUUGAAACUUAUAAUUCUUCUUAUAAAAUGUGUUUCAGAUGGCCGGAAAAGAACACACAAAAAAUGAACUCGUCACCACAACAACCUCUGAUGCGACUAUCAAUGCUAUACGUAGCGAAAUACUGAAUAUGUCAACCAAUGAUAUAUCCAUUCCGCCUCCGGAACUUACAUAA